UGAACGGUUUCGACAUAGAAUCGUCAGUAGCUGUCAAAUUUGUAAUUUUGUUUUAUUGUUUUAUUAGAAGAGCGGAGCGCCUCAAAUAAAAGAAAUCUUUUACUUGAGGACUAUACUUUGUUGUACCUGUUAAACUUUCGCGAGCAACCCAUGAAUCGAAUUCACUUUCCAAUCUCUUGUUGUGUGUCUGGUUGUAAAACAAAAAUUAACGAGCGCUCCGAUUUGAGGAACCGUAUGUUUCCUUUCAUACGGAAAAAUGGCAACGCUUUGUUGCGACAACGGUUUCAGCUUUGGUUGAAAGUAUUGAACUGCAAGAUCUAUUCUACAUCGGACACAAGAUCGCUCUGGAUUUGCAGGAAACAUUUCGUCAAAGGACGACCAGCGAGUCCAUAUGAUUUUGCUGAUAUCGACUGGGUUCCAAGCCUCUGUUUAGAUACAAUUGAAAGUUCCCUAAAUUUACUAGAGCCAAAAGUUGAACUUGUAGAUAGUAGUAACCUCCUGCUGGACAUGGAAAAACCUUUCUGUCGUCUAUGUCUAAAGAACAAUGCCCCAAUGAAAGCACUGUAUUCACUACCAUCACCGUCGAGCAAUCGUUUAAAAUGGCUUAUUAAAGAAAUAGCUGGCAUACAAUUACCUUUCAAGACUGAGUACAACAGUUUUGCGUGUGAGCGAUGUCUAACAAAACUAGAAGAGUUUCUCACCUGGCGUGAACGUUGGCAGAUCAACGACUCUUUAAUUAAAACGUUUCGGGAGAACGGAAAAGACUACCAAAGUACCCCAGCAAUACCAAUCGUGUCUAUUCCUAUUGAACGACUUAUGGAAGAUUAUAUGGAGGAGGUUCUCCCGUUGAACUUGACGAAUGGAGAAUGUGAAAUGAAGAUUAAACAUGAAACGAUUGAAACGAUAGUUGAACGAGAUGAACAAUAUGAUCAGCUAAAGAAUGAAACAUUUUCCAUGAUGGAACCUGCUGGUGCAGAAUCGGUUGGAACUGAUACGGAUGUUGAGGUGGUUUCUCCUACAGAGAUACCUACGGUUGAUAUCACUGAAAAUGAGAAGAAAAAUAGAUUGAUCAGAAAGGUGUUAAAAAAAAUUAGGAGAGAAAUGCUGGAUCUAAAUGCCAAGAAAAGUUGAAGAUCCGGGUGCUGCUACGCUGUACAUUUCACAAAAAAUGGGGUCUUUUUCUACAAGGAUGCGCUCUAGUAAGUCGUGUGGUGCCAUUUUACGUCCAAGUAAAACAAAUUGCCUGGUUCCAUCUUUAUCACUGCCAAAG